GACACAUUAUCAAACUCAACAACACUACGUGUCUUCGUGACUCUUACUAUCUCCAUAACCCAUUUACUAAAGCAACACCGUUUCUUCCUUUGGUUAGGAUAGUUCCAACAAGAUAUUGAUCAAAAAAAAAGAUGGCUGGAGAAAAUGACUGGAGGAAAACGGCGGAUACAACGAAGAUGAGUCCGGAAGGAGUGAAAGCUGCGGGGGUUGAAUCAUCGAAGAGGCCACCAGGGAGUAAUCCCGGUGGUGUUCUCCACCAACGCCGUAACUUGCCAUACAGUUACACCACCAUGGCUAUCGCUGGAUUAGCUAUAUCCGGUGCAGUCAUGUACACUGUUAUGUAUGCUAAGAAAAAGCCUGAGGCUAGUGCCACUGAUGUAGCUAAAGUGGCCACAGGGACGGCUAAACCGGAAGAUACACAUCCAAGAAAAUAAAACCCUCAUUAGAAAAUGGGUUUAUCUUCUUUUUGUUUGUUUUGUAUUUUUGUUUUUGCUUCUGCUUAAUUCUCAGAACUUUUUUGUUUUCUUGUUAUGUAAUAACAAAACAAGUUCAACACAAAAAUAUCCUAUCAACUAAAGAGAUAAUAAAUUAAAUGCUGGAGAAUAAAACAGAUAUUG